GAGGGUAGAAGAUAAGAUGGGUCAUACAUAAAACCCACCCCAGCAUCACACCUCGGCUGGGAGUCCACGUACGAUCACACAGACAUGGCAAGUAAGAAAGCCUCCAAUAAGAGACAGAGGGGAGGACAGAAGUCUUGCUCCAAUGUCUUCUCCAUGUUUGAGCAGUCCCAAAUUCAGGAGUUCAAGGAGGCCUUUGGCUGCAUUGACCAAGACAGAGAUGGUGUUAUCAAAAAACAGGACCUGAAGGAGACCUAUGGACAGCUGGGGAAGCUUAAUGUCAAAGAUGAGGAACUGGAUGAGAUGUUGAAUGAGGGGAAAGGUCCCAUCAACUUCACAGUGUUCCUGAGUCUUUUUGGGGAGAAACUGAAUGGUACCGAUCCUGAAGACACCAUACUUGCUGCCUUCAAACUUUUUGACCCCAAUGCGACAGGCUUUGUCAAUAAGGAUGAGUUUAGACGGUUACUGAUGAACCAAGCUGAUAAAUUCACAGCAGAGGAGGUGGAUCAGGCCUUUGCUCUUGCUCCCAUUGACCCCACCGGCAACAUCGACUACAAGUCACUCUGCUACAUCAUCACGCAUGGAGAUGAGAAGGAAGAAUCCUAAAUAGGGCUCUAUAUCUAAACAUGUUAAUAACUGUUUCUACGCUGGCCAGACGUGAAUGAUUGAUGGAAUAAUGUCGUUGAAUGGUUAUAAAUGCUGAUGUUCUGGUGGUAUUAAAAAUUGUCUAAUUUGUUUCUAUGUAGUGUUGGGCUGCCAAAUGCUUCUUUGUUGAUUACGAAUUCUCAUUUUGUUAAGCAACACUGAAUAUCAAAUAUAAACUGCUGUGAUUUGAUUUGCAAAAUAAAAGAUCCGAACAUCACACAC